AUGGAGUUCUUCAAAAUAGCCAAGGCCGUUAGACUCAAAAGCCACUUGAACAAGUACCUAGUAGCGGAUGAUGAUCAAGUCUCCACCAGACAAAGUCAGAGCGCCGCCACCCGAAAAGGGCGGUGGACGGUGGAGCUUGUCGAAACAAACAGCCAUGUUAUCCGCCUCAAGAGCUGUCACGGCAGGUACCUUACGGCCUCGAAGGAGCCCUUUUUAUUGGGCACAACUGGAUGCAAAGUCAUGCAAACUGAUCAAGAAAAUAUGAAGGAUUUUUCUAUUGAGUGGCAACCUAUAAGGGAUGGCUUUCAAGUAAAGUUAAAGAGUUUACGGGGAACUUUUUUACUUGCUAAUGGAGGAACACCACCUUGGAGAAAUUCUAUCACACACGAUAACCCUAAUACUGGUUCAACUAAGAAUUGGAUUUUGUGGGAUGUAGAAGCUGUAGAAAUCCCAGAAGACGAAUUCUUGACUGAUUAUUUGUCGAUGGUUUCGAGUUUUUCGUCAGUUUCAGAUGAAAUUUCCGGCUUGGAUAUGUCGUCGCCGGUGCCGGAGUCUCUGGUUUCUGGCUACUCACCCUCCUUUAAGAGGUUGUCUAUGGAAAAGAAAUCCUUCAAUUUAAUCUCAAGAACACCAGCAAUGGAUCUGUUCCAGAACUCCAAGGCAGUUCGUCUCAGAAGCGUCCACGACAAGUACUUGAUAGCAGAAGAAGACGAAGAGUCAGUGAGCCAAGAACGAAACGGAUCUUCCAAGAACGCGAAAUGGACAGUAGAACUUGUCGAAAAUUCCGACAACAUAAUCCGUCUCAAAAGUUGUUAUAACAAGUAUUUAACUGCCUCAAACCAGCCGUUUCUGCUGGGCAUGACCGGCCGAAAAGUUCUUCAAACGCUUCCGGGCCGACUCGAUUCGUCGGUCGAGUGGGAGCCCAUCAGAGAAGGCAAUUCAGUGAAGCUGAAAACGAGAUACGGCCAGUUCUUACGGGCAAAUGGGGGGCUGCCGCCGUGGCGAAAAUCGGUUACGCAUGAUAUUCCUCACAGGACCGCCACCCAGGAUUGGAUUUUGUGGAAUGUGCAUGUGGCUGAGAUAUUGGUGGCGCAGUCACCUGUGGCGGCGGCGUCGGUGCCACCACGUUUGGUUGAUCACUCGGAUUCUUUUGCUUCGGAUUCUAGUUCGCCUUCUACUCAUUCCUCAAUGUCUGCUAGCUUUUCUGGACCAGAGUCAAAUGAUUCCGUGGCAAGUUCGCCAUCAAAUGGGAGCCAUGGCAGGAUGAUGUACUUUCAUAUGGCUAAUGAAUAUGGGGAGAUCGAUGAGGGCUUUGAGGAGCUUGGCAUCUCAUUUAAGGGAAAUGGAGUUCAAGAAUUGACGAAGAGACUCGAGGAGCACUUCCUCCAAGUAAUUCAACUAUGCAUGUCAUUGUGGUUCCGACCUCAUAACAAGAAGCUCAAGCUUUGGGAAGAACUGGAACGCCAUUGUAGAAGAAAUUCAGAAUAUAUGGCAAUUUCGCUCUACACAAAUGAAAUGCUGCACAUUUUGUACAUACGCCUUCAUUCCUUUCGCAAUGCUUUCUUGAUCUUGAGUCGACUUUCAUCUGUCGAAGUUUUGAAUUCACAAAACAAUUGCAAAUGCAUUCGAGUGUUGGAUUUAAUAUGCACAUCUGAAAUUGCAUUUGCUUCAUAUUUUGUCGCAGAAGUUUUCUGUAUCAUUUUGCGGAAGUUACAGUUGAUGAGUUUGUCGUCUCGCAAAAGCCCAAGAAACUGGGAGAAAUAUGAAAUUUUAUAUUAA